AUGGCACCGGCCGCGGUGCAUUUACAUAGACUGGUGGUCAAGAACGCGAAAGCGUUCAAGGCCGCCUGGAAACAUGCCGCGAAACUCAUACAGAAACAACUACCUGAAUCCACACGACCCGCGGAUGCGGUUCUACAGCCCAUUCUUGCUCGCAAUGUGCCAAAACACCCUCUUCAUCGUAUUGCCUACCUCAAGCAAAGCAAGGGCCGAUGGUACACCACCCACUGCCAGAUCUCUGCCGCUGUUCGACGAUUCACUACCUCUGCUGCGCGCAACUCGGGCGUGAAGUACGAAAAGGCCUCUUUCCCCAAGUCACGUAUUGGAAGCAUCGUCACUGCUCAGGCUGGUCGCGCACCGUUUGCAUCGACUCUUCGCCCAAACCUGACUGGUGGUACACUUGGACGCACCUCGGGAGGUUAUGCAUGGGGCUCCGGCAGGGCUGGAGGUGCGCGAUACUUCUCGCAUGGUCCUGCAGCGCCAGCUCAGGUCAUCAAUAACGUCUCUCAGGCCGUACGAGCCUUCCUUGUUGGGGGAAACAAGGCUCAGUUCGAUGGAGUCAACCCCCACAAUGGCGAGAAGCGCUUCAAGACAGUCUCGGCGCUUCAAGAUCAAGUCAACCGCACCCUGAACAAGGUACCCAAGACUACACCGGGAUCCUACAUCAGCUUCAACAUCAACCCCACUGUUACCGCUCUUACUCCCCUGAAGGCUGUCAAGGGUUUUGCCUCGUUCGCGCCGGAGAAGGAGACCCUCAACAGCAGCGGCCUUCUUGACGUUUUGUCUGUCGACUUCUCACGGGCAGUCAAGGAACUCGCUGCAGUCCUCAAGGAUCUGCAACAAUUAGCACAACUAGGUGAUCUACCUAUCACGUACGAAAACUCAAAGUUCAAGGUGCACUUCCCUGGCUGCGACGCGCAAUCAGUAGAAACGAUAUGCAACGAUCUUGGGAUUACGCGAGGUACAGUACAUGAAGACGAAAGUUUCAACUCGUUCGUUGGUACCGACAUCGCUCUCAUGUUCCCUUUCGCCCCAAGUCAGACACCUUCGGAAUGUUCUUUCUACGAAAAGCCUGUUGAAACCCGCCAACAUGUACAAGCCAACAUUGACUGGACAAACAUGCUUUCACCCUCCGUUACCGACCCAGAAGACUACUCCACUCACUCGGAACAAAGCUACGACCCACUUGACGACGUCGUUACUGAGAAUCCGUGGUUGUCGGUUUCCUCGCCUUCAGGAUACGACAGCUUACAUACUAGCGAAGCAGAUGACAUGGACAUGGAUAUUCCAUUGGAAUACCAGGGUGUCGAGGGUAUGUAUAGAUUCAUGGCUCACUGCGAGUCGCGAUAG